AAAGAAGAAGCCAUAGAAUGCUUUUCUGAACGAUCAAGCCGAAGAGCGAUCGUGGACAUUAGCUGUUUAUCAACUUGACUAAGCUUACCUUCAGCAUUUCUUCAUUAAUUACUAAUCUAUCUCAGGCGCUUCUUGGCCAGGAUGGCGUCCCAAAUUAUAAGGCAAGAAGCAGCUUCAGAUCAGGUGUCGUCUUCGUCAUCCGGAAAUGAAAACGGUGCCCGCAAGCUAUGGUAUCAUCACCUCACUGUCGAUCUACUCGUGCGUGUCGCGGAGAACACUUUUCUGCAUCCAUUCGCAGCAUGGAUGAUACCACUGGGUUUGCGGGCCCAGGCAACGCCUUAUACUUACACUUCAAUGCAGGUGGCUAUUAUCUACGCUAUAUUGAUUACUCUGCGAUCCUUGUUCUUGCUCGUUGACAAACGCGUUGCAUACGGCGCUCCUCGACAUGUCGACCUAUCUCGCGAAGUUAUUGUGAUUACUGGAGGCGCCAGCGGGGUCGGUUUGCUCAUUGCCGAAGUGUACGGCCUCCGCGGCGCAAGUGUGGCUGUUCUGGAUGUGCGAGAGCUGGAUGCAACCCAGCUCAUGGUCAUGGAAAGCAAAAAUAUCCACUACUAUACCUGUGAUAUUGGCGACAGAGCACAGGUCGUGGCAGCAAAGGCAAAGAUUGAAAAAGAUCUUGGUACGCCUACGAUCCUGAUAAACAAUGCCGGCAUGGUGAAUGGAUUGUCUCUUCUUGAGCUCUCUCCUGAGCAAAUUGAAAAGAACUUCCGGGUCAACCUCUUCUCACACUUCUACACCUUGCAAACCUUUCUACCCGGCAUGCUUCGAAAGAAGCGGGGCACCAUCGUCACAGUCGCCAGUGUCUUGGGCCAUCUUGCAGCGCGAAACGUUUCCGACUACAGCGCCGCCAAAGCCGGUCUUAUUGCGCUGAACAAGGCUCUUCGGGCCGAGCUUGAUGCCUUACCACCAUCAAAUGACGGCACCAAAUCACCCGGAUCAAAUAUAAAAACGGUCCUAGUGGCACCAGGACAAAUAUCCACUCCGCUGUUCGCUGGUGUUAUUACGCCAUCUACAUUCCUAGGACCUGUGCUUGAGCCUGUUGACGUUGCCAAGGAGAUUGUUGCGGCCGUGGAUGCCGGGAGCAGUGCAGAGUUAGCCAUGCCAUUUUAUAGUCGCUGGAUCGUCCUGCUGGAUGUACUCCCGCCGGGUGUAAGACGUUUAGUUCGAGCUUGGAGUGGAAUGGAUGAGGCUAUGGGGACGUUUCUGAUGAGGAGGCAUGCAACUGGUGGCCAGUCCAGCGGGGAAGGGGAAGGACAAAGGGGAGAGAUGGUGGAACAGGAGAAAAAAAAGACAUCUGAGCUUGAUGCAUGGGAUGGAAGUACGGAUGAGCAGGAAGAUACCGAAGACAGCUUUGAAGUUGAGAGCGAAUAAGUUCCAGGGAGAGUUGUCAGAGAAGGAAUGCAUUUUCGAACGACAGAUAGCAAUGAUAUUCCCUUCCUCCAUUCAUGUGUAUGUAACUUUCGCGGGUAUGGUGAGUCCCAACUACUCUUCAACUUUUGAACGAAUUUCAAUCACGGAAAUUAC